UAGUGACUGCACGGUGAGGGAAUCCCGAGAACUGAUUGGACAAUGCUGGUUUUACCACGUCACACGGGAUCCUCGGUAUAACUAGAGCGAGACUCUGCGUCAAAUCACGGUUUUAACGAGAGAUCUGCACAUGUCGACGACACCUCAGAAUUACACUAUGUCCCUGCAUAAAAACCCAAUGGACAGACCAGCUGCAGACAGAGCCCAGACCAGUGAACCUGUUCCCACAGACAACAAACAACCCCACAGACUGUAUCCAUCACUGCCAAAUGUAGACAGUUACGACGUUUUUGUGCCAGCCCGAUCUAUUGCUGAAAAGCUUCACACGGCUGCGGUGUCUCAUCCUGAGAGUCUACUGGAAGACACACAGUCGGAAGUGUGUGCUGCCAACGGCGACGUCAGACUGAAAGCACAGAUACUUAUCUUGGAGGAGCAGAGGCAAGAGCUGAUUUCUAUUAAUGAGAAAUGGGCGAAAGAGUACCGAACCAUGGUGCGGUUCUACAAAGAGAAGGUCCGGGAUUUAAAAGCAUUACUGCAGCAAAACCACAGUCACUUUGAAGAGGAGACACGCGAGGAAGGAGAGAAGCCUGUCACAUACUAUAAAAAACUAAAGUUCAAGACAACUAAAGACAAAGACAGCAAAUGGGCUGACAACGGUGACGUGAACUCUGAGUUACUACAAGCAGAAAUGGAGGCACAGGAGCUGCGGGCGCAGAACAGCACUCUGACCCGCAGAGGGCAGCACCAGCAAGAGGAGAUCAAGCGGCUGAACAAGGCCCUAGAAGAAGCUCUUCAUAUGACUCAACCUCUUGGGGUGAGCAGUGAAACACUACAGGAUCUGUGGAAACAUCAGGCUGAGGUCUACAAGGAGGACUUCUUGAAAGAGCGGAAAGACAGGGAGAAGCUUAAAGAGAAGUAUUUGGAGCUUGAGAACCAGUAUAGAAAAGUUCGUAGUGAGCUCCGCGUCCUAAAAUCUCAGGUGACUUGGACUCAGCCGCCGCAGCCCGUGCUUGAAUGCAUCUGCACAAAUCAAGGCAAACAUCAACAUUGGGAGGUCCGUCCAGUCAACCAGCACCACGCGCAGUUACAAAGGCGAUAGACGCUUGAUAAACUGUGGAAUCCAAUUUCAUCACUCUUUGUGUGACAAAAUUUUGCUGCACUUUAUGGAGGUCUCUCUCAGAGAGUACGAUGGCUAUACGGGCCAACGUUGAGGAAGCAGGUCCUGUUCUGUUACUGUCCUGGAUCGGCUGUCUGCUGUAGAUUCAGCUUUUCACCACAAUAACGAGGCCACUCCUCCAGUCCGGCCCAUUCAGUGACCCAUCAGCGGGGAAAGAAAUAAAAAGUGUGAGUCUCUGGAUGCACUCACAGUGACAGUAUAAAUACUCUACCCAGUGUGUGCAAAGUUUGCAAUAUAAGCCAUACUGACUUUACUCAGUCCCUCCUCCUCCUCUUGUGACACAGGUCCUGAGGGAGUUAUCAGCUAUUGCACAACCCAAACACUAUAAACGUGGAUAAUGUUCAUCAAAAGGUGACAAAAGAAUGAGAGAUGCCCAUUUACAGUACCUGUAACUACAGUAUAUCCAGUACAAAAGGAAAAAACAAAACAUCAUUAUAGGUUCUGCUCCAACGAAACUGGGUCUUGUCUUACCGUGCAUCAAAGGUGCUGAAACUCAGACAUUCACAGGCACACCUGCACAGUAUCACGGUCAAAGCGUCCCUGUGUUCUCUGAAGUCAUUUUGCUGCAGGUAUUCAUUCGAUAUUAGUUUAUUUGCACCUGAGGCCUGUUAGAGAGGGAGGAUAGAGGUAGUCUGAGAAAAUGUAUAUAGAAACAUUUAUUCUGACAGUAUAUUUAUGAAUGUAUGAAGUGUUUGUUACCAUAUAAUAUUCCUGUUUUUUGUUAAUUUAUUGUGAAUAUAAACCAAACUGAAUGACA